UCUCAUCAUUAUCCUUCUUUAGAUUAAUUAUAGCCAUUCCAUGACUUAUCAAGUAAUCUUUUUUUAUAUGUUUCACCUAUAAACUCAAAUGGUCCGAAAAUAUAAUCUUUUUUAGGUACAGCCUCUACAUUAACUUAACAUUGAUUUUAUGCAUUAUCAAUAGAUUCAUUUUUUACCAAUGUUGUUUCAUCACCACCUACAAUAUCUUAAACUGCACUUUUAACAUUUGUAAUAGAACCUGAACCAAGUCCUUUAGCCUCUUAUAUAGCUUUAUCUUUUGCAGCAUUAGUAGCGGAAUUAAUCAUUUUUGAAUUUUUAUUAACGGAACUAACAACUUUUUAAUUUUUUUUAGCUAAAUCAGCAGCCUAACCUAUAGCUUAUACAUUUACAUUGCCUGCAUUAUUUUUUUUAGCAGUUCCUAAAUAACGUUUAUUAUUUUUCCCACAAACUUUGUUUUCUUUUUAAAGACUAAGAUUUAAAUAUGCUCCUAUUUUAAAUGCAUAAGGGCUAAAAUUGCCAUCAAUGUAAACUUAACCAGCAAAUUUUUCCAAAACUUUUAGUCCUAAGCCAAUCUAUACUUAUGUAUUUAAAAAUGUUCCUUCUGCUGUUCCACCUACUUCUCCUAUUGAAAUACCAAAAGAAAUAUUACCAUUUACACUUACUUUAGUAUUUAUUCCAGCUUUGAAAUCUAAUAAGCCAUUUUUAAAUUAUAUUCCGGUGUUAAAUGUGACUUCCCAUUAAGCAUUUAAAACCAGUUUGAAUUUUGCAAUUUUUCCACUAUAUGUAUAUGCAUAAUCUACUGGAAUUUUACGUGUUUAUGAAGGAAAUGACUUUGAGAAUUCCAAUUUGCUAACAAUUUAUUUUAUUAAUCUUUAGAUUAAUCCUCCUGAAUUUUCAGUUUAUUGUUCAACUUGACUUUUAAAAUCACUUACAUUAUUAAGUACUUCAGUAAGCCCUUCAGUUUAAAAGUUAUCUGCUACAUCUUAAACUUAUCCAAAAACAGUUGCGAAUUCCAAAUUAUUAAUAUCAAUACUUCCAUCAAGUUACCUUUAAGUUUCUUAAAAUAAUAGUCUUCCUUUUUUUUCAGAUGAAGAAACAAUUUUCUUUUUAAAUUGAUUCUCAAAAAAAUUUUUAGCUUAGUCAGCUCUACUUUUUAUAUUAGUCCACAAAAUUUAUCCUUCCAUUUUCACAUUAUUAAAUGCUAAUUUAACUCUAUCCCAAUAUUUAAAAGUAGAUAAUCCCAUUUCUUUAAUUUAUUCAACAAAAGCCAUAAAUUAACUAGGAAAAAGUUUUAGUCUAUCAAAAAUAGAAAUUACUUAUGUAAAUUUCAAAUUACUUACACUUUUUAAUGAAUCAAUUACUUAUAACACUUAAGUAAAUAUUGGUUCUUUAUAAUAACUAGGGUCAUUAGGAGGAAAUUUAGGUUUAGUUGCGAAAUUUUUUAUUUCUUCGAAAGUAUUCUUUAUCUCGUCCCAUAAAUCUUUGGAUAAUUAAACAAGCUCGUCUUUCCAAUCAAAUAUAUUUUUUUUUAUAUUUAAACCCAUUGCUUUUAUUUUAUUUAAAACUGACAAGCCUUUUUCUUUUAAAGUUUUAGCAACUUCUUUCGGAUAACUAACCAAUUUUGAUGUAAAUGAUUUUACAUUAUCAAGUAUUUCUUUUUUUUGUAAUUUUUUUAAUGACUAUACUAUAUUAUUUAUAUCUUUUUUCAAAUCUCUAAUUCCUGAAAAAAAAUCAUAACUAUAAUCGACAACUUCAUUUGCUUCUUAUAAAAUUUUAUCAAGUUCUUAAGAUUAAAGUCCUUCGUUCUUCGUACUUAUAUUUUAAAGUUCACUUAAAAUGAAGUCUUUACCAAAACUUAUAGCAUUUUAUAAACCUUUUUAAAGAAGAUCAGUUAUUUUAUAUUAAGAUGUUAUCUUUUUAAUUAUAGAUUUUAUAAAUUCCUUUAAUUUAUCCACUAAAAAAGAUGUUGAAAGCAUUUUUUUCAUUUGCUUUGUAAUCGUUGAUUUCUUUUAGAUAGAUUCUUUUGUUUCUACUAAUUUAUCUUCAGAUUUUUCAAUUAAUUCCUCUGUAUAUUUAUCUACUUAUUUAUCUGUAUCUUAUGUAUUUGUAAAUAAUUCGUUUGCUUUUUAUAAAAUAAAAGAUUCUGUAUUAUGUAAUAAUUAUUUUAUAGGUUCAUCUAGUACUUAGGUUAUAAUAAGUUAAUAAUUUUGAAUAAAAAGCUGGAUUUUUUCUUUUAUUUUUGUUGAAAUUCCUUCUACACGGUUUUUUACUAAAAAAUCUUUUAUUCUUUUUAUUUUAUCUUUAAAAAAAUUCUAUAUAUUUUUUAUUUGAUCUUCUAUUUAGAUUCCUUUUUUAUUCAAAAAAGCAAAAACUUUUUCUUUAAAAAAUCCUAAAGGGUCUUUUACAAAGCAAUUAAUACUUUUUAUUGAUUUAUUAAUUUUUUGUUCAAACUUAUUAAUAGAAUCCAUAAUUUCAAAUUAAUCAUUUUAUAUUGCAUCAUUAAUAACCUUUAAAGCAGGGUUUUUAUUAAUAUCAAGAAGAAGUUCUAAUUAAUCUAAAACACCGUUUACCUUUUAAACUAUUCUAUCUAAUUUUUAAUUAACAUAAUUUUCUACUGAUCCCAUUUUUUCUACAAGGACAUAUUAAAUGUACCAAUUAAGUUUAAGUAAUCUUGAAACAUUUAUUUUAGUUUAUCUUUCAAUAAUUUUUGUUAUAGAUCCAUUAAAAUAUCCAUAUAAUCCGACAGUACAAACAUCUUCAGAGCUAUAAAAUCCAGAUUCAAUACAUUCAGAUCUAAUAUCGGCUCCGAAUUCUAUUGAUUCAAAGUUUUUUCUAAAAAUGCUUUAUUAAAUAACUUCUCCCAUAGGUUUAGGCUCUUAAAAAUUAUCAUCAUUUUUCGGUUAAUCUUCAAACACUAAAUUUCUAUUUUCAUCUAUUCCAACCAAAACCCUUUCUUGAUUAUCAUCAGAAAUAACUGAACUAGGAUUUUCUUUAGGCUUUAAGUGUUGUUUCGCUUUUUUAGCCAAAGCUUAUUAUUUAGUCAUUAUAAAGUAGCUCAUUUUCUAUUAUAUUUAAACCAAAUUUUAAAUAAAAGCUUCUUCUAUAUUAUGAUCCCAAUCUAUAUAUUAAAUAAUAACAGCAGAAAUAUUGUCAAUUUGCUUAAACAUUGAAGUGCUAUCAUCUUAAUUUCCUUUUACAGUAAAUUUUGAACUUACAGAACUUCUUAAUAAUGAUCCGUUUUCUAUAAUACAUUCUUGAGUAUAUUCUCCUUUCUAAUUUCCAUUUUCACUUACUUCAGGUUCUGUGGAUUUUAAAAUUCCUUUUCCAUCCUCCUAAAUUUCAGCUUCAUGUUAUGGAGUUACUUCUACAUUAUUUAAAUUUCUAUAUUUAUAAGAUUCACUUGCAUUUUUCAAAAUACGUUUUUUACCUGUUUCCUUGUCUGUUUCGACGAUAUUGUAUAAAUCUAUACGCAAUAAAGGAGAAAGCUAUUCAAUAAUAUUUAAGUAGAUUUAUUAUAAAUCAUUUCUUAAGUUUAUUGGUUCGUAUAUUUUUUUUAUCUCUCCUUAUUUACUUAAUGUAAAACGAAUAAUAGGAUAUUUACUAAAAUUAAAUUAUUCUUCACUAAUUCCUUUUUCUAACAAUAAUUUAAUUUCUUAUGGAGUUAAAGGUGCAUAUUCAUUUACUUAUGUAGAAGUAUCAUCCUAUGUUUUUGAAGAUUAUUAUACAUUAUCUUCUAUAUUUCUUAUAUUAUUUGCUUUUUCUUUCUCUAAUAUAGCAGGAUAACCGGUUAAUGUAGAUUAUACUUAAUCAUUUUCAGAAAUAAUAGUAGAUGUAAAAUACAAAAACAUAUUAAAUUCAGUAUUAGAUAUUUGAUAACAUAAAAGACUGAAAGAAUGUGUAAUAAUAGAUUUUUUAGAAUUAACUUUUCCGUCCCCAGUAGUAGUAAUUUAUUCAUUUUCCAACUUAUAUUCAUAAUGUUUUUAAGAUAAAGGGACCUAAAUUAAUUAUACAAUAUUCAUUUCUUAACCUAUAUUAAUUUAUUAUUCAAAUUUCACAUAUGAUUCAGGAAGUUUAACUUACUUAUUAUAAUUCAUCUUUUCUACUAUUGAUUGUGGAGAAAACAUUCCUCCAAUCGCUAAUCCUCCUAAAAUUAAUCCUAUAGCUAUAAGAAUUCCUAUAGAUGAUAAUAUUAUAACUUUUUAACGAUUUCCAUAUUUUACUUAUAUUAAAUUAGAAUUACUUUAUUCUGAAUGUACCGUUUUUAAUUUUUAAUUCUCUUGUUUAACUAAUGUUACUGGAUUAACAAAUUUUGAUAUCUAUUUCCUAG